AACGAGACUUGGUGUUUCGAUUGCUGAAUGGAUACUCGGGUCUAGAAGGCGCACUUGGUGCAUGAAGAAUACGAGUGAGGCUUUGUGAGUGCGAUGGCGCCUCGCCUCGUUACCAGGAGCCAGCACCGGCCCUGGUCGCCUUGCACAAUGGAAGCUUUUCACACACCAGUGCUGCAGGCCUUGCUCGCUAGCCAUCACCCCCUCACUUCGUUUCCCAAAGCGAGCAUGGGUGGGAGGCAUGUGCUGAACGAUUGGACGAGCGUCUACUUGUCCAUAACCAAGGUUUGCACAAUGCCAUUAAUCCCCUAAAUAUAGAGGAUCACGUCGAUAUGAGGCCGCGUGGCGUUGUCUCAGAUAUGUACAAAUCCCAUGUACCUGUAAAGACCAAUAUCCGCAUAUAGUCUUGAGUGCCGACCGCAGCUACCGCCAGGCUUCUGACCGGUGUAGACAAGUUGCUAGACCGGAUAUUGUAGCCACAUUCAACCGGUCGGCAGAUAUCCCUUGGCGCGUGGGAGUCCUUACCUUCCCUACGGUUUGUUUACUUACAUGCAUCACUGCAAAAUUGCAGCAUGGCAUGUAUACAUGACCCGUGGCUGAUUCCACCAGUGGGAUGAUCGACACACAGCACAUGCCACCCAUGUCACAGGUGCUUGCUUGCUCCUGAGUCUACUGUGUAAUAACAAAUCUGUAGAGGA